AAUCUUUCCUUUCCUGUCAUCUUGACAAUCCGUUUCUCGGAAAUUCCAAAUUUCUCAUUGCUCCAUGAUGGGCGCGGCCGAGCUUGUUGGAGACCUGUUGUACCUUGCUUCAUUCUCACUGUCAGUGUUAGGAAGCCUGCUGCAACCAAAGGCUCUCUUCGACCGAAUCUUCAGGGCUGCAAAGACAGCAGAAUUAUAUUCCAGUGAUCCUUGGAUCCAUUUAGAUCAACCAGGUCGUUACAUUGGGAUAUGGGACGAUCCUGGUUCACCAUCCACCCCGACCGAUACCGAGAAACCCCUUCACCUUUCGAAGCGACGUUGACGAUGAUGUCAACAACGUCCAGAUAGAGUCAUUCAUGGGCGGCGUCCCACUACAAAGACAUGGGGUGACUCGAGUGUUCCUUCAGGAAUUGCCUAGCGAUGACGUUCGUGGAAAUGACUCCACAUCUGGAGAUGAUUUUCCGUGCAGGUUUCCUUCCCUUGCAAACAAUACUGCGGGUUUCUUGUCCUUGAUUACCAAUCAGCCUAAUGUUAGUCCAUUCCGGUGGUUCAGACUCGAGUCUUUCGACUUCAUAGAAAGGACGGAGGAGGUCAUGGGUCGUGAUCGACUUGGUUGGGUCAAUGUUGUACGGUAUCUGCGCUUUCAGAACACUGGCAAUAAAUUACAAGAGUUCAUUAUGUGUAGAACACGUAUCAAUAGAGACUGGACGGUCCUGGAUCGUUCUCUAUUGGAAGAAGAAUUCGGUCUCCAUCAGGCAACAGCUUCUUUUGCUUCCCAGCUAUGCGAAAUGAAUGCCAUGUAUCGCCACCUUAAAACUCCACCGAAAUGGGAAAAGGCUUUUAGUUUACAGUUCUGCCACGCAAAUCUACUGUCAUACACUCGAUUCCUUCUGAGAUUCGAAGAGGGCUUCAAGAAGCAUAAAGGGGUAUACACCACUCGCACGGAGCUCCAACAAGGCAAUGUUGAGAAAAUCACUGGAGACUAUCAGUUGAUUCAGCAAUUUUCAGAAAUCGGAGAUCGAAUGGUAAUAGUUAUUGAAUCACUAGUUGAGAUCCUCCAGAACGCCAUGCAAAGUCCUACCGAAUCGUCAACGCCAACGCCAACGCCAAGGUCCAACAUUACGUUACCCACAACAUCAGAGAACCCUGAAAUAGCAGCUAUAGACUUUGAACUACGUCUCCAUAUCAAACAGAUGAGUGGUAGCUUAUCGAGACUUACCGCUACAAUGGAGCAUGACCUUAGACUGCUAGAAUUAAGGGGAGAAGUCAAACAAAUGGAUGAUGUCCAACAGCCAAGUAUCCUUGCCACAAUUUUCUUGCCUCUCUCCAUAUCGGCAGGGAUCCUUAGCAUGCAGACGCGAUUCAAGGACCUAGGUUCGCUUUUGUACGACCUUUUUGGUGUCAUGAUUCUACUUGGCGCGCUCGCACUUUGUUCCAUCUUGGUCUUGAACUUCGUAAAGUUUGGAACUAGGCACUUGGCCCAGAUCGAUAUGAUCGCAUACUGGAACAUGAACUCGGUUGAGGAUAUGGCUAAGCAAAAGCACCAGCUAGCUAUGUACGUGUUGUUCCGGAAAUUUGUACCAAUCCUGUGGUGGCUGGGGCUGGGACUCUUAAGCAUUCUUGUUGUUGUUUCGUUUCUUGUUGGCAUGUUUGAAGACAUUGACCUCGGUGCUAGAAUGCUUGGAUAUGGAAUCGCUAUCCUCUCUCUUCCCGUUGUCAUAGCCGUGGUUCUUGCUUUUCUUGUCUCUGCAGUUGCAGGAGUACUAAAGCGACGGGAAGAGGCAGAGAAAAUGGGGCCAAUGCAAAACAUAAUGAGAUUCGAAAGGCUUUGGCAUGGUAAGAGAGGAGAUGCGUAGCGAGCAAGCGUUGCCACAAACCACCAAGACUCGGAGGACGAGGUGGACAGCGAGUAGAUAGAUACGAUGUAGUCAACAAUCUGCGAGGCUUGUACUACAUCGUCAUUGUUUCCAUAAGUAACACCUGUUCCUCAUCAAUUAACGAGUUUUAGAUAACUGCC